AUGCACGCGUGCCCUGACUUCGCCGAGGCUCCCGCGCGAUGGUGUUUGCCGCCGCGGGAGGAAGUUCGGACCGUGUGGCAGUCAAUCCUGCCGCGGCAGUUGCAGGGCCAGGCCGUCACCGCCAGGUGGCGACAACAAAGGCCGCGGGCGGCAGCCGCUGGGCGUGCGCGCGCGGGGCGGGGCGGGGCGGCCCCCGCUGCCCCCUCCCUCGGCGAGGAGGGGAUGGCCGCCGUGGCCCGGCCGCGCGUGCGGCUGGUGGUCACCGCGGACGACUUUGGGUACUGCCCGCUGCGCGAUGAAGGCAUCGUGGAGGCCUUCCUGGCCGGCACCGUGACCAGCGUGUCCCUGCUGGUUAACGGCGCGGCGGCGGAGAGCGCGGCGGAGCUGGCUCGCAGGCACGGCAUCCCCACGGGUCUCCACGCCAACCUGUCCGAGGGCCGCCCCGUGGGCCCCGCCCGCCACGGCCCCUCGUCGCUGCUCGGUCGCGACGGCUUCUUUCUCGGCAAGAUGGGAUUCCGGGAGGCGGUGGCGGCCGGGGACGUGGCUUUGCCCCAGGUGCGGGAGGAGCUGGAGGCCCAACUCAGCCGCUUCCGAGAGUUGCUGGGCCGAGCCCCCACGCACGUGGACGGGCACCAGCACGUGCACGUACUCCCAGGCGUGUGCCAGGUGUUCGCCGAGGCGCUGCAGGCUUCCGGGGUCCGCUUCACCCGGCUGCCGCUGGAACGCGGCGUGGGCGGCUGCGCGUGGCUGGAGGCCCCUGCGCGCGCCUUCGCCUGCACUGUGGAGCGUGACGCCCGAGCCGCCGUGGGCCCCUUCUCCCGUCACGGCCUGCGGUGGACGGACGCCUUCGUGGGCCUGAGCACCUGCGGCCGACACAUGUCUGCCCAUCGCCUGUUGGGGGCGCUGGCGAGGGCCCUGGAAGGCAGGCCGGCGGGCCACGCCCUGACGGCCGAGCUGAUGGCGCACCCGGGCUACCCCAGCGUGCCUCCAGCGGGGGGCUGCGGUGAGGGCCCGGACGCCUUCUCCUGCUCUUGGGAGCGGUUGCACGAGCUACGAGUGCUCACGGCGCCAACGCUGCGGGCCCGGCUGGCCCAAGACGGCGUGCAGCUCUGCGCCCUGGACGACCUGGACUCCAAGAGGCCCGGGGAGGGGGUGCCCUGUGGGGCCACUCUGGAGCCCUUCCUGCAACCCUCGACACCUUGACGCCGACCGAGGGCCCAGCUCUGAUUGGCCCUCCGUGCAGAGAAGGCGGUAGCAUUGAGCCUCGGCACAGUCUGGAACCCAGCCCUGGAGCAGAGUCCGUGACUGCUCCGGGUGCGGGCCACUUCAAGCCCAGGUGGCCAGUUCCUCCUGGCUCCAGUGUGACAGUCACAGCAUGGGCACGCCCGAGUCUUGGCUGCAGGCUGCCUCCGCCUGUGCCGCCUGUGCCCAGGUGUGCCCGCACAACCGCAGUCAAACCCGUGAUGGUUUAAGGGCAGUGGGCAGAGACGGUGACAUUUAAUAAAACGCU